AGAAGUCGCAUUAUCGCAUCUCAAAUAUCUCCUAAAUCCGAUAAAUGAUGCGAUGCUUGAUAUAAAAGGAAUUCCCGAUAUGGAAGAGCAUAGAUCGUUCGAAGAAACGGUGCCACUAAAAUGGAGAAACUUACUAUCUUCCUCUGCCUCUUUCUAGCUUGCGUUCUCCCGACAACGUUUGGCAACGAUAUCAACCGAACUCAUGAAAACCUCGUUAAAACGAUCGAUACCGCUAUAGAAACUUUUCAGGAGAAAGUCAACCCGAUCCUUCGAGAUGUGCUUGAUCUCGCGAAUAAAAUGAAGCAAGAAGGCCAGGACCGCAUGGAAAGUCUUCGCAGCAAAAUGGAGGACGUACUGUCGAACCUAGACGAAGAUGCAAACGAAAUAAUGAAAGGGAUCGUAAAAGAAGUCGACGUCACCGAAUGCAAGAAUAUGGUACAACGAAUUAAGGAGAUCGGCUUGACGAUUUUAGUCAACGCCGGCCAUUGCGUCGUCGACAAGAUCGACCAAGCUAGCGGAUACAUCAGGAAUAUCAAUACGACCUCGCACGAGGUUGUCAAGUCCCUUCUUAAAAUCAACGAGGAAGGCACCGAGUGCACGAAGAACUCGAGACACUUGCUGAGCAGUCUCGCCUGUCUGAACUUGGCCAUGACGCGCGCUACCAUAGCAAUAUCUACAAAGAUCCCAAUUGCGAUAGUGGACGUGACAAAGAUGGCAUCCCUCGUUAGCACGCUCUUCCCAUCUCUCGCCCUUUGCUCCGCCGCUAGCACCGUCGCUGUCUUUUUCAACGAAGCCACCGUCGUCGUGUCUUCGAUCGAAGCUUGCGUCAACGAGAGAGUGAGCGCAUAUUACGCGACCGUGCCCAACGGGUCCUACGUACACGUUUAAAUCCACGUUGAAAACAAUCCUUGGCUAACUACUCUCGAUAAUCUCGGUAAUCUUAACCUCUUUCUUUUCUCUUUUCUUCUUUUCCUUCUUUGCAUUUGCCGCGAAGACUCGUGAUUUUUAAUUUUUCUCAUUUUAUGCGACGCAACGAUUUUUCUUUGUCCGAAACCCGAAGUUCGACAUCGCGAUACGUUCAUCUCUUUAUCCAUUCGCUCGUCGUGUUAUACCACCGUCGUGUAGCCCCUCGAUUAUUUUCCACCGACUCCUAUAUUGCCUUCUUACUUUUUUAACACACGAUUUCGAUCGUGACAACGUAAGAAUGAAAUAAUGAAAACGUCUAUGUAACGGAGGCAGCAUAGAUUACUCCGUUCCCCAGAUGAUUCAGAAAUCAAUGAUCCGUUCGUAUUUCGUGCUAUUACUCAUAAAAGUAGUCGGAGUAACAAUAAUUACAAUUGGAUUACUCAUAGAUUUACGACCAGCAAGAGCAUCGACGUUUAACGUUGUCAUCGAUAAAUCUGAGAAAGAAAGCGUAAAGGAGAACAAGUUCGAAAGUAAGAGCGUUAGAUCGUAAAACGCUACAAGUAAAUAGCUCUACGUAAUUGACUCGCGGAAAUAUGUCUAAAAAAUGGAAUAGAUACGUUCGAUAAACACCUUCACCUAUUGUACUUUUUGUCGAGACUAGUUAAUAAUCUAGUUAAUAAUCAACCGUCCGAUCGUAAGAACGUUUCAAUGCCCUUAAAGAUUGAAAUCAACGAACUGUACCAUCAAAAACAUGUAUACCUUAACUAGGCAUAACAAACUAUAUCGCAAAUGAGACUUUAUCGUCAAGUUAUAAGACGUUCUCUUUUUAUCUCAAGUCUUCAUCGAGUCUUUCUUGUCGUCGAGGAAACGGAGCACUAAUAAGAUUAAUCUUUUUAACAGCCA